AAUGAGGAAGUAAGCCAAAACACGCCACACACGUCAGACAUUACUUGCGGCCUAUAAAGCAACCAGAAUGACGAUAUAAACAGCCCUGAAUGCGAUUCCGGUGCCUGCUAAGACUCUCCACUGCAGUAUCUGGUUAUCUGGGCUCCAGGAAGCUUUGUGUUUUUGCGUUACGAGCCAUGGAGCCAUUGACCGUGGACCACUAUCGCAGUGCGAUGGUUCUGAGCGGAGUCGGGGACGCUCUCGGCUACAAGAACGGAGACUGGGAGUUCUGUCACUCAGGACCCGCCAUCUUAAAGGCGCUGAAGGAGAUGGGAGGGCUGGAGAAGGUCAAGGUCAAGUGCCCAGACUGGAUGGUGAGUGAUGAUACUGUGAUGCACCUGGCCACAGCCGAGGCUUUGGUGGAGGCCAGUGAGAAGGACCGCCCAACCCUGUUCCUGACCCUGGCCAAACAUUACAAGGAGAGCAUGAGGGACAUGCACGGCAGGGCUGCAGGGCUGACCUGUAUGUCCAGCUGCUCCAGCCUGAGACCUCUCCGACCAGACGGAUACACCAUCCCGUUCAAUCCAAGAGGUGGAGGAUGUGGGGCUGCCAUGAGAGCCAUGUGCAUCGGUCUGAGGUACCCACGUCCAGAGGAGGUAGACUCCCUGAUCGCAGUUUCCGUGGAGAGCGGACGGAUGACACAUCAUCACCCUACAGGUUACCUGGGGUCACUGGCAGCAGCGCUGUUCACGGCCUAUGCCGUGCAGCGUAAGCCUGUGCGUGAGUGGGGUGCGGGGCUGAUGUCGCUCCUACCCCGAGCCCAGCAGUACAUCCGUGACUCCGGCAGGCACGUACAGGAAAACAUGGACCAAUGGUCCUACUUCACGGACAAGUGGCAGGCGUACCUAGUGACCAGGGGGAUCUCGGACGGGACGACAGACCCAACGUUCCCCGCAGAGUACGGACCUGCUGAAAGGGACGCCUUCUACAAGACCCUGAGCUUUAAAGGUUGGGCUGGCUCCAGUGGACAUGAUGCGCCCAUGAUCGCGUAUGAUGCACUCUUGUCUUCGGGGGAUUCUUGGGAGGAACUCUGCAAAAGAUCAAUGUUCCAUGGGGGUGACAGUGAUUCCACUGGUGUGAUCGCUGCAUGCUGCUGGGGCGCCAUGUAUGGUUACAAAGGAGUGCCCAAAAACAACUACAAGAAACUUGAGUACCGCUCUCGACUGGAGAUGGUCGCAGAACAGCUCUACAGCCUCAGCCACACUACGUAGCCUAUCAGCACGCAAGACACUGAAGUUGGUUAUGUAAUUUUGCAAUUACAUGUAAUCUUACUUCAAUAAUCAUAUGCAUAUAAUGCAUAAAACUAUGUGUGUGGAAAUGUCGACUCUGACCUCUCAGCUUCAUUCUUCUUUUUGGCAAUGUUGUUUAUAAUCUGGAUGAAAUUAUAAUGUAUUUAUGAGUGCAGUAAGUGCCAUUGCAGGUGUAGGUAAUGAUCUUGUGUUGAUACAUUGUU